AUGUCGGAAUCUGAAGGCGGGAAAGAAACCACCCUAGAGCCUUGUCCAGCCAAUGGAACGGGGCCUGGUCAUGAAUGGGGGCUCUGCCAUGGCCCCCCAGCUGAAGGGGAUGAAAUCUGCUGGACAUCAGAUCUGGGCACCCCUCGACGAAGGACCCAGCACAGCAAGCACAAGAUGGUGGCAGUGGCCAGUGUACAGAGGUCACCCCGGGCACUCUUCUGCCUCACCUUGGCCAAUCCCCUACGGCGGUCCUGCAUCAGCAUUGUGGAGUGGAAGCCUCAUACUCACCAAGCCCUACCCUGUCCCCCACUAGCUUUCUCCCUCCCCAAAUAACUUUCCCUCCCAAAAUAACUCUCCAAUCUCUCACCCUGCCCCUGGCUCUGCCCUCAGGAGCAGGUGGAGUAUGUUUUCCUGGUGAUUUUCACCGUGGAGACUGUGCUCAAGAUCGUGGCCUAUGGGCUGGUGCUCCACCCCAGCGCCUACAUUCGCAAUGGCUGGAACCUACUCGACUUCAUCAUCGUCGUGGUCGGGUGCCUGCACAUCGUGCUCAAUUCCAUCAUGAAGGCGCUGGUGCCUCUGCUGCACAUCGCACUGCUCGUGCUUUUCGUCAUCAUCAUUUAUGCCAUCAUCGGACUCGAGCUGUUCCUCGGACGCAUGCACAAGACAUGCUACUUCCUGGGAUCUGAUGUGGAGGCAGAGGAGGAUCCUUCACCUUGUGCGUCUUCUGGCUCUGGGCGUGCGUGCGUGCUGAACCAGACUGAGUGCCGUGGGCGCUGGGCAGGGCCUAACGGAGGCAUCACCAACUUCGACAACUUCUUCUUUGCAAUGCUGACUGUCUUCCAAUGCGUCACCAUGGAAGGCUGGACUGAUGUGCUCUACUGGAUGCAGGAUGCCAUGGGAUAUGAGCUGCCCUGGGUGUACUUUGUGAGCCUGGUCAUCUUUGGGUCCUUCUUCGUUCUCAACCUUGUGCUGGGCGUCCUGAGUGGAGAGUUCUCCAAGGAGAGGGAAAAAGCAAAAGCACGAGGGGACUUCCAGAAGUUGCGUGAGAAGCAGCAGUUGGAGGAGGACCUGCGGGGCUACCUAGACUGGAUCACCAAGGCUGAGGGACUGGACAUCAAGGACCCUUCUACAGGCAACAACUCCAAUUCUGUGGCUAAAGAGGGCCGGGCUGGCCACUGACCUCAGCUGGCCGACCUGACCAAUAGGAGACUUGGACGUCUGCGCUGGUUCAGUCACUCCACCCGGUCCACACAGUCCACCAGCAGCCAUGCCAGCCUCCCAGCCAGCGACAUUGGUUCAAUGGUGGAAACCCCAGGAGAUGAGGAGGAGGAAGAGGGGGCUCUGGCCAGCUGUACACGCUGCCUAAACAAGAUCAUGAAAACCAGAGUGUGCCACCGCCUCCGCCAUGCCAACCGAAGCUUGCGUGCACACUGUCGGUGGGCAGUGAAGUCCAAUGUCUGCUACUGGUCUGUGCUGCUGCUGGUCUUCCUCAACACGCUGACCAUUGCCUCAGAGCACCACGGGCAGCCCAUGUGGCUCACCCAGACCCAGGAGUAUGCAAACAAAGUGUUGCUCUGUCUAUUCACGGUGGAAAUGCUUCUCAAGCUGUAUGGUCUGGGUCCCUCUGCCUAUGUCUCCUCCUUCUUCAACCGUUUUGAUUGCUUCGUGGUCUGUGGAGGCAUCCUGGAGACCACUCUGGUGGAGGUAGGGGCCAUGCAGCCCCUGGGCAUCUCAGUACUCCGAUGUGUGCGCCUUCUCAGGAUUUUUAAGGUUACCAGACACUGGGCAUCUCUCAGCAACCUGGUGGCAUCCUUGCUCAAUUCAAUGAAAUCUAUCGCAUCCCUGCUUCUUCUCCUCUUCCUGUUUAUCAUCAUCUUCUCUCUGCUUGGCAUGCAGCUGUUUGGGGGCAAGUUCAACUUUGACCAGACCCACACCAAGCGAAGUACCUUUGACACCUUCCCCCAGGCCCUCCUCACUGUCUUUCAGAUUCUAACAGGCGAGGACUGGAACGUGGUCAUGUAUGAUGGUAUCAUGGCCUACGGCGGUCCUUUCUUCCCAGGAAUGCUAGUCUGCAUCUAUUUCAUCAUCCUCUUCAUCUGCGGCAACUACAUCCUGCUAAACGUGUUUCUUGCCAUUGCUGUGGACAACCUGGCUAGUGGGGAUGCAGGCACUGACAAUGACAAGGGCAGGGAAAAGAGCACUGAGGAGAACCUCCCACAGGAGAAUGGGAUGUUGGUGCCUGAUGGGGAGAACAAGGAAGAAGAAGGUGCAAAGAGUGAAGGAGCAGGCAUGAAAGAGGAGGAGGAAGAGGAAGAAGAAGGUGCAGGGAGUGUGGAAAUUCUGCAGGAAGUUGUACCCAAGGAGAAGGUGGUACCCAUCCCAGAGGGCAGCGCCUUCUUCUGCCUUAGUCAAACCAACCCGCUGAGGAAGGCCUGCCACACCCUCAUCCACCAUCAUAUCUUCACCAAUCUUAUCCUGGUGUUCAUCAUCCUGAGCAGUGUGUCCCUAGCCGCAGAGGACCCCAUCCGAGCCCAUUCUUUCCGCAACCACAUUCUGGGAUACUUUGACUAUGCCUUCACCUCCAUCUUCACUGUGGAGAUUCUACUAAAGAUGACUGUAUUUGGGGCCUUCCUGCACCGUGGUUCCUUCUGCCGUAGCUGGUUCAAUCUGUUGGAUCUGCUGGUAGUCAGUGUAUCCCUCAUCUCCUUCGGCAUCCACUCCAGCGCCAUCUCGGUGGUGAAGAUUCUGAGAGUACUCCGAGUACUGCGGCCUCUCCGAGCCAUCAACAGAGCCAAGGGACUCAAGCACGUGGUGCAGUGUGUGUUUGUUGCCAUCCGGACCAUUGGAAACAUCAUGAUUGUCACCACACUCUUGCAAUUCAUGUUUGCCUGCAUUGGCGUGCAACUCUUCAAGGGAAAAUUCUACAGUUGCACUGAUGAGGCUAAACACACUCCCCAAGAAUGCAAGGGCUCCUUCCUGAUCUACCCUGAUGGAGAUGUGUCACAUCCUCUGGUUCGAGAGCGGCUCUGGGUCAACAGUGAUUUCAACUUUGACAAUGUCCUUUCAGCUAUGAUGGCCCUGUUCACUGUCUCCACCUUUGAAGGCUGGCCUGCACUGCUAUACAAGGCCAUUGAUGCACAUGCAGAAGACAAGGGCCCCAUCUAUAAUUACCAUGUGGAGAUCUCUGUGUUCUUCAUUGUCUACAUCAUCAUCAUUGCUUUCUUCAUGAUGAACAUUUUUGUGGGCUUUGUCAUCAUCACCUUCCGUGCUCAGGGUGAACAGGAGUACCAAAACUGUGAGCUAGACAAGAACCAGCGCCAGUGCGUGGAGUAUGCUCUCAAGGCCCAGCCACUCUGCCGCUACAUCCCCAAGAAUCCACAUCAGUAUCGUGUAUGGGCCACUGUGAACUCUGCUGCCUUCGAGUACCUCAUGUUCCUGCUCAUCCUGCUCAACACAGUUGCCCUAGCCAUGCAGCACUAUGAGCAGACCGCUCCCUUCAACUACGCCAUGGACAUCCUCAAUAUGGUCUUCACUGGCCUCUUCACUGUUGAGAUGGUGCUCAAAAUCAUCGCCUUCAAACCCAAGCACUAUUUUGCCGAUGCCUGGAACACAUUUGAUGCUCUUAUUGUGGUGGGCAGCGUGGUGGACAUCGCAGUCACUGAAAUCAAUAAUGGUGGACACCUGGGCGAGAGCUCUGAGGACAGCUCCCGCAUUUCCAUUACCUUCUUUCGCCUUUUCCGUGUCAUGCGACUAGUCAAGCUUCUCAGUAAGGGUGAAGGAAUCCGUACAUUGCUCUGGACAUUCAUCAAGUCCUUUCAGGCCUUGCCCUAUGUGGCUCUUCUCAUUGCAAUGAUAUUCUUCAUCUAUGCAGUCAUUGGCAUGCAGAUGUUUGGCAAAGUGGCUCUUCAGGAUGGCACUCAGAUCAACCGAAAUAACAACUUCCAGACAUUUCCACAAGCUGUGCUGCUUCUAUUCAGGUGUGCCACUGGUGAGGCAUGGCAGGAGAUAAUGCUUGCCAGCCUUCCUGGGAAUCGGUGUGACCCUGAGUCUGACUUCAACCCUGGCGAGGAGUUUACCUGUGGUAGUAAUUUUGCCAUCGCCUAUUUUAUCAGCUUCUUCAUGCUCUGUGCCUUCCUGAUCAUAAAUCUCUUUGUGGCUGUGAUCAUGGACAAUUUUGAUUAUCUAACCAGAGACUGGUCUAUCUUGGGCCCCCAUCACCUGGAUGAAUUCAAGAGGAUCUGGUCGGAAUAUGACCCUGGGGCCAAGGGCCGCAUCAAGCACCUGGAUGUGGUUGCCCUCCUGAGACGCAUCCAGCCUCCCCUGGGAUUCGGAAAGCUGUGUCCACACCGAGUAGCCUGCAAGAGACUUGUAGCAAUGAACAUGCCCCUCAACUCGGAUGGGACGGUGACAUUCAACGCCACACUCUUUGCCCUGGUUCGAACUUCUCUGAAGAUCAAGACAGAAGGAAACCUGGAGCAAGCUAACCAGGAAUUGCGGAUUGUCAUCAAAAAGAUCUGGAAGCGGAUGAAGCAAAAGCUUCUAGAUGAGGUCAUCCCCCCACUUAAUGAGGAAGAGGUCACCGUGGGCAAAUUCUACGCCACAUUUUUGAUCCAGGACUACUUCCGUAAAUUUCGGCGAAGAAAAGAAAAGGGGCUACUAGGGACUGAGGCCCCCCUAAGCACCUCCUCUGUCCUUCAGGCUGGUCUGAGGACCCUACAAGACUUGGGUCCUGAAAUACGGCAUGCCCUCACCUGUGACACAGAUGAGGAAAAGGAGGAAGAGGGGCAAGAGGGAGAGGAUGAGGAAGAUGAGAAGGACCCAGAAAUCUACCAAGCCCCAGUGGUCUCCCAGUCCCCAUCUCGCCGGAGUUCCACAAUUUCCGUGUCUCUGCCUGUUGAGGACAGACUCCCAGACUCACUCUCCAUUGGGCUCAGUGAUGAUGAUGGGGAGGUUCCCAACUCCAGGCAGUCCAGUGUGCCCCAGGCUGGAUCCCACACCCACAGGAGAAGCUCGGGGACUCGCAUUUUCACUAUCCCAGAAGGAAGCUCUAAGCCCAAGAGAGCCAAAGGGCGGGGCAAGCAGGAUGAGGAAGAGGAAGUUCCACACAGGCUGUCCUACAUAGAUGAGCAGGCAGAGACCCCCCAGCACCUGGUCUUUUUGUCACCUCACCGACCCCACAGAUAUGUAGAUGGGCACCAUGCCCCUCGUCGCCGUCUGCUGCCCCCCACCCCUGCAGGUCGGAAGGCUUCCUUCACCAUUCAGUGUCUGAGGCGCCAGCGCAGCUGUGAGGAUUUACCCAUCCCAGGCACCUAUCAUCGUGGGCGAAACUCAGGGCCAAGCAGAAUCCAGGGUUCCUGGGCAACCCCUCCUCAGCAGAGUCGACUCCUAUAUGCCCCACUGUUAUUGGUGGAGGAGGGUGCAGUGGGAGAAAGGUACAUUGGCAAAUCCAGCGGUUUGCUGCGGACCUUCACCUGUCUUCAUAUGCCUGGAACCCAUUCAGAGGCCAGCCAUGGCAAGAGGGGCAGUGCUGACAGCUUGGUGGAGGCUGUGCUCAUCUCUGAGGGGCUGGGUCUCUUCGCCCGAGACCCACGCUUCGUGGCCCUGGCCAAGCAGGAGAUUGCAGAUGCAUGCCACCUGACACUGGACGAGAUGGACAGUACAGCCAGCGACUUGCUGGCACAAGGGGCCAGCUCGCUCUAUAGCGAUGAGGAAUCCAUCAUCUCUCGCUUAGAUGAGGAAGACCUGGGAGAUGAGAUGGCCUGCGUCCAUGCCCUCUGA